AUGAACUCGGCCGAUAAGUCAGGUAUCUUAGAAGGAGGUGUGAAUGAAAAAGGAAAACCUCCAAAGGCAAUAAGCAUAAAAGAUGACCAUAAUAACUACGAAGAAAAAGAACAACGGAAAGAUAUAAUAAGUGAACUGAUGAAAGCAGUCAAGGAACUGAUAAAGGAAAACAGAACAAUGUGGGAUGAGAUAAAAGAAUUAAAGAAAGAAUUAUUUGAACGAGACAAAGAAGAAAUAUCUGAAAUAAAAGAGGAUAUACAUAGAUUGGAGAAAAAGGCUAAGAAAGAAAGGGAAGAACGGAGGAAAGAAAGGGAAAGCCUAAAAACACACCUAAAAGACGAAGUAAGGAAGGAGUGUUCGAAAAUAAUGGCUGAAAUAGGAAACAAGAACGAAAAGAGGAAAGGAGAAAGUGACGACAAAGAUAUGAGACUCCUAAAGGAAUACGUACAGAGGCAAGCGAAAUGGGAGAAGAAAACUAAUAUCAUAGUAAAAGGAUUAGCAUUAAAGGAACAGGAUACCAAAAGGGAGAUGGAACAAUUUAUACGAGAGAAAGUACAAGUCAAGUACGAGUUACUCUGGGCGAAGAAGAUAGGGAAAGGAGAGAAAGGACUAAUAGUAGCAAAAGUGGACACCUAG